GAACUCCACCACCGACUUUACAAUUGCUCAUGAUGACCGUCCCAUUUCUCGAUCUUCUUGAAUGCACUUUCGUUUGCUUAGCGGAGGGAGCACCUCCUUGAUCAAAGAAAGAAUUUUACGAAACGAGCUGUUGCUUUUGCUAUUGUCACUAUGGAAGUCGCAGCAGCAAUCACCUCUGCGGCGAACAGCUCUGCUGUAGUCGCCGCAUCUGCUGUACAGGAAUCGCUAUCAUCUCUGAAGGCCGCUGAGACCGCGUCCCCUACGACAUUUGGCCUCCUCGGUCGUGUCAUCCUGACAGUUUUGCGCAUAAUUCCAGGUCUACUUUACUGGAUAAUCACUUUUACCACGAUCUCUUUGCCAACAUGGCUCUUUACGCUCUUUUCUACCACGUUGACCUUCACGAUGAACUUCACGACCCUUAUGCUCAUCCUUACGUUUUUGGUUUCUACAGUAAGCUAUCUAGUGCGCUACCGGUUUAUGACCAUGUAUACACGAUUGCCACCGGAGCCACAGCGUGAUGAACCCCAGGUGGAAGUCUUCCCAGAAAGCCAGGAAGGCGACUCAAAAAGGGCACUAUCCAACUAUAUUGAUGAAUUCCUGAGCGCCAUCAAGGUUUUUGGCUAUCUGGAGCGCCCGGUCUUCCAUGAAUUAACACGAACGAUGCAGACUAGGAAGCUCAUCGCCGGGGAGACUUUGUUGCUGGAAGAAGAGAAAGGAUUUUGUUUGGUAGUAGAUGGUGAGGUUCAAAUCUUUGUGAAAUCCAACAGGGAUGGGCCAGACUCUGAUGACGAUGACGACGACGGUCACGGAGCUGCAUCAGGAGGCGGGCGUGGCCACCAAGGCCAUAGUCAAGGCUACCAGCUCCUAACGGAAGUCAAGAAUGGCGCUCCGAUGUCUUCGCUGUUCUCCAUUCUUUCUCUAUUCACUGAGGAUGUGAAAUUGCGGCACGAAGACGAUGAAGUAGGGUUGGAGUCAAGCAGACCUACGACACCUUAUGGUAUGGACAGACAAUCGCGGCCAACUAUCACACGGGAUAAUAGUUUUACGAUGGAUAAUUCGCGUCCAGAUACUCCAAAUGACGUGCCUGUCUUGCCAGGCCAAGGAAUAAGGCAUCAGAGCACCUCUACACUCGCAAGUCCUACGGCAGAUGGCCACCUCCCGAGUGUUCCGCCUUUGACAUUGGACACAAACGGUAGUGCUGAUGAACAUGUGCGACCCAAGUCCCACAAAACCCAGGCAAGAUCACGAGCCCCAAAGUCUGCCCACCCCGAUAUCGUAGCUAGGGCAACCGUUGAUACCACGAUUGCCAUUAUUCCGGCCACUGCAUUUCGACGACUGACUCGUAUCUAUCCAAAAGCAACAGCACAUAUUGUGCAAGUAAUUCUCACUCGUUUGCAGCGUGUCACUCUCGCAACUGGCCAUGCGUACCUUGGUUUAACGAGUGAAGUUUUGAGGACAGAAAAGCUUAUGAACAAAUACACCAACUAUGAUCUACCUGGCUUUCUGCGAGAUGCGCCUCUCGAAAGGUUGAAAGAGAAAUUUGCUGCCGAAAGAGAGCGUAUUGGCAAUGAAGAGGGCAUGAAGGGCAUCGCGCUGCAUAAUCCCGGUGCAGGUAAACGCCGAAGAAGAUCGAGUGCUACACUCAGGAAGGGAGCUGCUGCACAGGCUCGACUUGCAGCAGCACGCGGAGCAUCAAUGGACAUGACGAGUGAGGCCCUUCAGCAUAUGGCGUCUCCUAGCCUUGAUAGAAAUGAUGGCAUCAGUGCAGGCGAUUUACUUACUAAUACCCAUAUACCUCGUGGGCAAGACCGACGUAAUCGAUAUAGCUUUUCCCAGCCGCUGCACCAAGAAAUUCGUCGAGACCCAAAAACACCUUUGGAUGUGGGCGCUUUUAAUCCAUUUAAUUCGCCAUUGACUCGCCCUACGACACUUCAGCGCCAGGAAUCUGUCGAUGAAGCCAUGCUUUUCAGGGAUUCCGUACUCGAGUGCAUGUUCAAGGCAAUUGGGCUCAGUAAUCUGGAUAACCCUACGGCUAAACUGGGCUCUGUGGAUCAAUCGCCUCGUCUCGUCUCCUUCGAUGCUAAGAAGCAGAAGGCUGUAUUCUCCAAUGUUUUUGGCUUCAUGGAUCCUUACGAAGCUUCGCGAGACGGCGAUACCGAGUCUGUCAUUUCAGCAUCAGCGUCGGCACAGUCAGCCUUCAGCUUUGCUGGUAACCAAAACUUGCUUGAGGAAAUCGUAAACGACGUGGAGAUUGUCUUCUUUCCGAAAGGGGCGGUGCUGGUUGAGCAAGGCGAACGAAAUCCUGGACUCUACUACGUUAUUGACGGUUUCCUCGAUGUGAGCGUUCCACUAGAAGAAGAUCACUCGGAACCCAAUGUCUUGGGGACAUUGCCAGUGAAUCCUAGUGUGGACGAGUCUGAACUCUUCGGCGGUCCACGAAUCAAACGAGCAGGAACAUCUGCGUCAGCACGCCAUGGUGCGGAGGGUAAUAAGAAAAAGAAAACGAGAAAGAGUUUGUUCUUGACCAAACCUGGAGGUCUUGCUGGUUACUUAGGAACUGUAUCCUCCUAUCGGUCUUUCAUUGACGUUACAGCUAAGACCGACGUGUACGUUGGUUUUCUCCCACGGGCUUCCAUUGAGCGUAUCGUAGACAGAUACCCGGUCGUGCUCCUUACGAUGGCCAAGCGUCUGACAACUCUUUUACCUCGUCUGAUAUUGCAUAUCGACUUUGCAUUAGAAUGGGUUCAAGUGAACGCUGGUCAGGUCCUCUACAACCAAGGCGACGAAAGUGAUGCCAUCUAUAUCGUACUCAAUGGACGUUUGCGGGCGAUACAAGAUGGUGAGAAUAAUGACAUGAAGGUGAUUGGAGAAUACGGACAGGGAGACAGCGUUGGCGAGCUCGAGGUUCUUACCGAGUCUGCACGACCAGGCUCUCUGCACGCUAUUCGUGACACUGAAGUUGCCAAAUUUCCCAAGACGCUGUUCAACAGUCUUGCAUUGGAGCACCCUGGCAUUACCAUAAAGAUCUCCAAAAUCAUUGCAUCUCGCAUGAGAGCCCUAAUGGAUGAUCCGCUACACGAGCAGACAAAGGAACGAAGAGACAAGGCAACCCGCAGCAAAGUUUCCUCAACUGUGAAUCUUCGUACUGUGGCCAUACUUCCCGUCACCGCAGGAAUCCCGGUCGUUGAAUUCGCCAGCCGCCUGAUGAAUGCUCUCUCGCAGAUAGGGAUUCCAAAUGGUGUAGUAUCUCUAAAUCAAGCCGCCAUUCUCAACCAUCUCGGCCGACAUGCAUUCAAUCGCAUGGGCAAGCUCAAACUUUCACAAUACUUGGCCGAUCUGGAGGAGAAAUAUGGAUUGGUGCUCUACGUGGCCGAUACAACAGUCAAAUCGCCCUGGACACAGACAUGUAUCAGCCAGGCCGACUGCAUUCUUCUUGUGGGGUUGGCUGAAGGCUCACCGACCAUUGGCGAGUACGAACGCCUUUUGCUGACGACCAAGACCACUGCACGCAAAGAGCUGGUGAUUUUGCACUCAGAGAAAUUCUGCCCUCCCGGUCUCAGCCGUAAGUGGCUUCGCAACCGUCCCUGGGUGAAUGGCAGCCAUCACCAUAUCCAAAUGUCAUUUCGGACGACUCCCGAACCGGUGCACCCUGCUGGGCGCCGCUUCGGAACUGCUCUGAAACAGAGAGUGCAAGUACUCCAGGCCGAGAUUCAGAAAUAUACGUCCCGCCGUGUGCGACAAACCCCGCUCUACUCUGCAGAAACGCCAUUCAAGGGCGAUUUCCAUCGACUCGCUAGACGUCUAUGUGGCAAAUCUGUCGGGCUGGUACUUGGCGGAGGGGGUGCUCGAGGUAUCGCUCAGAUUGGCAUUAUUCGGGCUCUGGAGGAGGCCGGCAUUCCGAUUGACCUUGUCGGUGGAACAUCCAUAGGUGCUUUCAUCGGUGCACUGUAUGCUUGGGAUGCAGAUGUUGUUCCGAUGUACGGUCGUGCUAAGAAGUUUGCCGGCCGUAUGGGCAGUAUCUGGAGAUUCGCUCUUGACUUGACGUAUCCAUCGGCAUCAUACACUACCGGACAUGAAUUCAACCGAGGCAUCUUUAAGACAUUUGGUAAUUCUCAGAUUGAAGAUUUCUGGCUUGAGUAUUAUUGCAACACGACCAACAUCAGUAAGAGUCGUUCAGAGAUACACACGAGCGGGUAUGUAUGGCGGUAUGUGCGAGCGUCCAUGUCUCUUGCCGGGCUGCUCCCUCCGCUGUGUGAUGGUGGCAGUAUGUUGCUUGAUGGAGGCUACAUCGAUAACUUGACGGUGACGCACAUGAAGUCAUUGGGCGCGGAUGUCAUCUUCGCCAUCGACGUGGGAUCUCUAGAUGACGACGCGCCGCAAACAUUUGGAGACUCGCUUUCCGGAUUCUGGGCAUUUUAUAAUCGAUGGAAUCCUUUCUCAUCGUACCCCAAUCCGCCAACUCUGUCAGAGAUUCAGUCGCGAUUGGCGUAUGUGUCAAGCUACGAGGCGCUAGAGCGCGCCAAGAACACGCCAGGGUGCAGGUACAUGCGUCCUCCGAUUGACCCCUACGGAACGCUUGAUUUUGCCAAAUUCGACGAAAUCUAUCAGGUGGGGUACCAGUACGGGAAGGAAUACCUGGGGCAGUUGAAGGAACAAGGUGAUCUACCGGUGCAGGAAGAGACUGAGAAGGAGAAGAACCUGAGGCGGACAAUGGCACCCAGGCGAGCAAGUAUCUGAGAGGGCAUUUUCUAGGGGGAGCUAAUCGGUGCAAUGAGCGACCAACUAUAGAAAUGGAGGGUCUACGGAUAGAUAGUUAGAGAUUCGGAAGUAGUCAUAUCAUCAUCGAAACGCCCUCUCCCCAUG